CUCUGUUGCGUUUUUUGUUAUCAAUAUAAAAAUAAAAUUUAGUUUUAGUAGAAUAAGUUUUCAAAUUACAACCUAUUUUAGAAUUAAAAUGUUCAUUUACUUCACAAAAUUGGUAGUUUCUUAAAAGAAUCACAAAUGAGGUAACGCAAAAUAUGGUUUCCUAAUAAAAGCACGCAAUUAAAGGUUUUUCCAAGAAAAUACCACUUAUUGUAAUUAAUGAAUUAGAAGAUGAGAACUGUCGAGGUAAAACAUUUUUCUUAACGAAAUACUUAUAAAUAUUGACACGACGAAUUAAAAAAAAAAAAACAAAUUACCGUUUCCCCGAUCCCUUCUUGGUCUAUUAUGACAUAGCGCCAUUUAAUAUACAUGUUUGCGGCGUUGCCGCGUUUAUUUAUUCUUUUUAGUUAUACAGAUUUAAAUUUGUAAUAAAUCGUAAUUUGUUUUAACAAUGAAAGUUGUAAAUGUGGACUGAAGGUACAAAAUUUACUUAGUACAAUUAUUCAGACGUAGGUAAAUAUCUGGGUUAUUGGAAUUAUGUGUAUUUACUUAAUUUAUGAAGAUAGAUAACACUUUUUAUCUGUUCAAUCAGUGAAUUAUAUCGUAUAUGUAAGUACUACGUGGUGGAAUAUAGUUUUGCAAUGACAAUCCACCCAUCGAAUAAAACAACUUUUUGUUUGAUAACCGGCGUUGUGAUUGGAUUUACUUUAGCUUUUAUAGUACUAGCUCCGUCUACAGUGUAUAGACCAACAAACGAAUACUCGAAAAUGUACAAGAGUGGUACGUUAAAAAAAUAUGAUAACGAACCGCCCCCUAUUGAUAAUCAUCGCGACAACCACCACGAUUUCCAUAACGAAGACGAACUAGACGAUGUUGAAGACGUCGGAGAUGUUGGACAACAUGGCGACAACGACACGUUUCAUAAAAUGACGGAUGCGUCUUUAGCCGCAGCUCUAAAAGAAAAGGUUAGGAUAUUAUGUUGGGUGAUGACAGGUCCUAGCAACCACGACACCAAAGCUAAGCACGUCAAAGCCACGUGGGGGAAAAGAUGCAACAUCCUACUAUUCAUGAGUUCGCAAGCAGAUCCGAACUUGCCCGCUAUUCCCCUAAACGUCAGCGAAGGCAGAGACAACUUGUGGGCUAAAACGAAAGCUGCUUACAGAUACGUUUACGAGAAUUAUUUCGAUCAAGCCGAUUGGUUUAUGAAAGCGGACGAUGAUACAUACGUAAUCGUGGAAAAUCUGAGGUACAUGCUGCUUUCCGUUAACCCGGAUAUGCCGAUUUAUUACGGAUGUAGAUUCAAACCGUACGUCAAACAAGGGUAUAUGAGCGGCGGGGCGGGGUAUAUACUCAGUAGAGAAGCGGUCAGAAGAUUCAUUGAGUUAGGUUUGCCGAACAAAAAUAAAUGUAGACAAGAUAAUAAUGGGGCUGAAGACGUCGAAAUGGGUAAAUGCCUUGAAUCAGUUGAUGUAAUCGCUGGGGAUUCACGAGACCCGGAAAAUAGAGGGAGAUUUUUCCCUUUUUCACCUGAGCAUCACCUAAUACCUGGUCACGUGGAUAAAUCUUUUUGGUACUGGAGUUACAUUUAUUAUAACGAAACGCCGGGAUUGGAGUGCUGUUCUGACAACGCCAUUUCAUUUCACUAUAUCCGCCCCAACAUGAUGUAUGCUAUGGAAUAUUUGAUCUACCAUUUAAAACCUUUCGGAAUCGCUUAUAAUCCAGUUUUACCUGACGAACUUAAAGGUUUUAUUGCAAGACAGAAGGACGAAAAGACCAACGAAAAAAAACAACAAAAGCAAUGAAAAAAAUGUGAUAUUAAGUAAUAAAAGCAAACAAAUUUUGUUACGAUUAGGAAAAUCGAGGAGUAGUUUUUGUUUUUUUCGUUCCCCGUGUAUUUCGAGACGACCAUUUAACGAUAAGAAAAAAAAGUUACGUUUGACAUUCUUUUUCUUUGGUUGUAGUUAAAUUGUAGAUUAUACACGAGUCCAUGAAAUAUUAAUUAAUUGUAUGUUUAUACCGCCAUGUUGUUAACCUACAAUACGUUAGAAGUCCGUUCCAACCACAAUGGAAAAGAUUUUUUAUUUAAAAUAGUUGAACGGAAAUUUUUUAAUACUGGAACGUAUCUAUUAAUAUAUUUAUGUCAUACCAUUGCAAAAUAUAAUUAACAGAAGAUCUAUAACCUCACAUUUAACAACUAUUAUAUGAAAUUGUACUUUUGUAUACUACGAAAAUUACUCGUUUGAUUAAAACCAAAGAUAUUAUAAUUUUCAUGUUUCUAAUUUUAAUAAAGUAUUAUUUAUUUUAUAUAACUUUGUU